AUGGCGCCAAUGAAGAUGACCAUCGAGAAAGCUGAUGUAGCGUUGAGUCCUAACGGUGGGAAAAGGGCUUACGUCACAUUUCUAGCCGGAAACCAAGACUAUUGGAUGGGUGUAGUUGGUCUAGCCAAGGGACUUCGUAAGGUGAAAUCGGCUUAUCCUCUUGUGGUGGCUAUGCUCCCUGACGUGCCGGAGGAACACCGUCAAAUCCUGAUCUCUCAGGGUUGCAUCCUCCGUGAGAUUGAGCCGGUCGUCCCACCGGAAAACCAAGCCGGUUAUGCCAUGGCUUAUUACAUCAUCAACUACUCGAAGCUCCGUAUUUGGGAGUUUGUGGAGUAUGAGAAGAUGAUUUAUCUAGAUGGAGACAUACAAGUUUUUGGUAACAUCGAUCAUCUUUUCGAUACUCCUUCUGGCUACUUGUACGCCGUCAAAGACUGCUUUUGUGAGGGGAGUUGGUUCAAGACUACUCAGUACAAGAUCGGUUACUGCCAACAGUCGCCGGAAAAAGUGACGUGGCCCGUGGAGAGCUACGGACCUCCACCACCUAAGUACUUCAACGCUGGUAUGUUGGUCUUCGAACCAAAUCUCGUCACUUACGAAGACAUGCUUGAAGUUGUUAAAGUCACUACGCCAACUUCUUUCGCCGAACAGGAUUUUCUGAAUAUGUACUUUAGAGACAUUUACAAGCCAAUCCCUUCGACCUACAACCUCGUGUUGGCUAUGCUUUGGCGUCAUCCAGAACACAUUGAUCUUGACCAAAUCAAUGUUGUUCAUUACUGUGCUAAAGGUUCAAAACCUUGGAGAUUCACCGGAGCUGAAGAGUAUAUGGAUCGAGAAGACAUCAAAAUGUUGGUGAAGAAAUGGUGGGACAUUUACGAAGAUUCGAGUUUGGACUACAAAAACUUUGUCGAGACCGAGUCAAAGCUUAACCCGAUUAUGGCUUCCUUAGCCUCUCAAGAAUCCGGCGGUGAUGGCCUUAAGAGCCUUGCCCCCUCUGCUGCAUAA